UCUCUCUGUCCCAAAAAUAAAUAAACGUUGAAAAAAAAAAUUUAAAAUUGACUUGCCAACAUUUAAAAAUUAGACAUCAAAAUCCAGAUUUUCAGCUUCAUUGAAAAAAGAAUCUGGCAACACACCUGGAGCCAAUAAAGCUUCUCCCCGCCACCGCUCCCCCCCCCCCCCCCCCCGCCCCCGCCUUUGUAUGUGGCUCAGUGCCAAAGGCCUCCUCUCUUUUCAGCUGUCUGCCUGACCCUUGAGGGCAUUUGAUUUGCAGUUCUUGGUCUUGAACUGUGCUGUUCCCCAGUAGCCACUGGCUACAUGUUGCUAUUUAUUUUUUACAUGUAGGUACUUAAAUACACUUUUAAAUGCCAGUUUCUCAGAUGCAGUAACCAUAUUUCAUGUGGCCAGUGGCUAGCUACCCUGCUGGACAUCACAGUUAUAGAAUAUUUCCAUCAUUGAAAUACAUUCUGUGGGGGUGCCCGGAUAGCUCAGUUGGAUGAGCAUCCAACUCUUGAUUUUGGCUCAGGUCAUGAUAUCAGGGUCGUGGUAUUGAGCCCUGGGUCAGGCUCAGCGCUGAGCACAGAGCCUGCUUAAGAUUCUAACUCCCUCUGCCACUCUUCCCUGUUCAUGCUCUAAAUAAAUAAAUAAAGUAAAAAGGAAAUACAUUCUGUGGGUCAGCACUGAACUGCAGGAGCUUGAAGGUAUUCUGGGUGCAAUAGUUCCACACACAUAAGGAUGGACAGUCAUUGCUCCUGCUGUCAAGGGAUUUUGUCUAGUAAGGAGCUCUGUUGCCUCUGCAGAUGAGAAAAGUUGCUCAUUUGGUAGUUACUUGAUAGGUGGAGGGUAUUUGGAAACUGUUGUGAAGGCAGGGACCACUACUCAAUGUGAGGUUAUUCAUCAGAUGGUUGGAUCAAGGGUCAGGUGCUAGAAAACUCCAGCUGUAUCUAAUGUUAUAACCAAAGCCCUUUUGUCAGUUUCCUAAUCCAUUUCCCUAGGAAAUUAUCACAAAGGAUUUAAAUGCUAAUUUAAAUUUAAGUGUUUCUUGCUCUGACUUUCCUAGUUCCUAUGAAGGGGUGAAAUUCUGGGUAGUUAUGAAUGAAUGACUGGGGUUGAUUUUUAGCGUUGACCUAGUUUUCAUCUAUUUCCAGCACACACACACACACCCACACACAUCUAACACCUCAUCCUACUUCUGCUAACUGGUUCUUACCCCCUCUGACUGACCCUUACUUUUGUCUCUUAAAAUAUGCUGAUAAGGAAACAAAUACUUCCAUUUCUUUUGAAUUGAAGGGCAGAAACUUGGUUUCCAUUCAGAAUUUCUGUCUGAGGGGAAAAAGAGCUGUAUCUCUCUUGGUUACAAAAGCCUAAUUGGAGUUCCCCCUUACAAGUAUAAUCUUGUGUAUGCUCCUAUGCUGGUAUAUUUAGAAUGAGCAUACUUGCCUCAUAUGAUUUUGUUUUGGAUAAUUUAGAAGCCUUUCAGACAUCAGUAUUUUUGGUUUUUCCCUGUGUUCUGGAGAUUUCCCAUAUUACAGGGCCUAACCUAAUUCUAUUCCUUUAAGUAAAAUGAAAACACGAUCUACCUUCCAGUCCCUGCCUCCUAUCUCUGACACACCAUAUUGUCACUUUCUGUGUAAAAAGAUGCUGUUUCAGAGAAUAGCUGUGGUAUGAUUAAGUACACCACACAAGCAUAUCCUGAGAUUUGCAGAACAGUGUGUGGCAUUACACUUCCCUUUUUGGAUUCUAGUAACCAAAAACUGAAUCCAGGACAGGAAACAAGUCUGUGGGGUGUGUGUGUCUGCCUGUCUGUUAAUUGAGAGGAGUGGGGGAUAGAGGGCAGUGAUGUGUGGGGCACAGCUUAACUUGAAGGUUAUUCGAUUUGGGUAAGGAUGAUACCGUAUAGGAUAUGGGUGUACACCAGAAAGUAGGAAAUAUAAGAGAUGUAGGAGAAAAACAAGCCAAAGGAUAAGCAAGGAGUAAGAGAUAAAGGAAGAAAAAUAGGAAGUCUGGUCAUGCCUUCAGUGUUGGCACCUGCAUUAUAUUUCCAGUAAGAAGUAUGUGCUGUGGUCUGAAGAUAAGCAGUGCAUCUGACUGGGUUAUUUGCUCAUACUGAAGAACAAUAGCCCUUUACUGUACAGGGAUUAUUAAUGAUCAGAGGGAAACAGCUUUAGGAAAAUCCAUCAGUAUCACAAAGCAAUAAAUUUGCCAACAGGCAACAUGCUUCUUUUCCCACCUCUGCAGACAAAGCUUAGCAUAGAUAAAAGAGGCGUCAUUGUUCCUCCUUUAUUUCCUCCUAUUUAGGUAACAUUUGCCUUUGUUAACUCCCAAUGCUAAGUGAUUUACAUGGAUUAUCUCUUGAGUAAUCCUUACCCCAACUCUUUGAAGAGGGUUCUAUUGUUACCCCAUUUCACUUUUUCAGAAACUGAGGCUCAGGAAGACUUGACCAAUGUAGUGAAGUCGGGAUUGAAACCCACUUUUGACCAUUCCAGAACCCAUUUGUUCAAUAGUUGCAUUUUAUCUUCUGUUCCUUACAUAUGUGGAAAAACUUUGAAUGCCUAAAACCAAGACAAUCAUUCUGUCCUCUGCUUUCCUGGGCAAGAAAAUCUGUUUGCUUGUUCCAAAUAACAAUUUUGGAGGUUGGUUUUGAUCCCCGAUCAUUUGGUUGCAAUAGAUCUUAUUCCCAAGAAGGAUUUUUUUUUUCUCAAGAGAAAAUGUGUCCGAGCCAUAUUUUUUCUAUAUGUUUGGUUCUAAGCUUCAUGAAAACAUAGUAAAUCAUUUCAUUCCAGUGGACCAACACUUACUGGCUUUUAAAGACCUUAAGAGUAUGGGUUACAUUAUUAUAACUGUAAGGAUGGAACUGAUAAGGCCUCCUCCCCAAACCUGACACCCACAGCACCACUCUUGAAAACAUCAUUGUGAGGGUUAAUUAGUAUUUUUAAAUGUUCUAGGGUCUUCACUUGGGAAACCUGGCCCACAUACCACUGUGUGUGUUUCAGAAUGAGAAUGGACAUUACUGGUGACUAUUCUUCGUGUGUAAAUGUAUUAUUCUUCUAACAAAUAUAUUUCAAGCUCCAACGUUGUGCCCAGUCUUAAGAGUGUGAUGAAUGAGGCAUAGUCCCAACCUUCUUUCUCCCUCCCCAAAACACACACAGUGGAAGAAGAAAGGAUGACAACAGCAACACGACAAGAAGUUCUUGGCCUCUACCGCAGAAUUUUCAGGCUUGUGAGGAAAUGGCAGGCGGCAUCAGGGCAGAUGGAAGACACCAUUAAAGAAAAACAGUACAUAUUAAAUGAAGCCAGAACGCUGUUCCAGAAAAACAAAAAUCUCACAGACACAGACCUGAUUAAACAGUGUAUAGAUGAAUGCACAGCAAGGAUUGAAAUUGGACUGCAUUACCAGAUUCCUUAUCCACGGCCAAUUCAUCUGCCUCCAAUGGGCCUUACCCCACUACGAGGCCGGGGACUUCGAAGCCAGGAAAAACUGAGGAAACUUUCCAAACCAGUAUAUCUCAAGUCUCAUGAUGAGAUUUCCUAACCCAGAAGAAAAUUUAUUUCUCAGAAUGAUGAGCCGACUAGAUCUUGAAUGUAAACCAGAUGAUGAAACCCUUCUCUUCAAUUAGGGGUAAAAAUUUAAAUAUCUUCUUAAAAACCUCUAAAAUAAUGGUAUUCACCCCAAGAUCUGUGCUCACUCCUCCUGACACUUCAUCAGGGUCUUGUUGCCUAAAGUGGAUGACAUAACCCUAGAGGUCAUGGACCUUAUAUACCCUCACUGAAGCAUCUUUGGAAACAAGGCCAAGGCCUGUAGAAGGAAGAUAAGGAUGACAAAGAUUUUCAUGGAAAUGUCAUUUGCCAGUCAUGUCAGCUGAUAGGAAGAAACCAGCCAGCUGCUGAAAGUCUUCAUAGCUACCAUAAAACUACACUGCCUUCAGAAUAUUUUUUGGCUUCUUUCUCCCUAAUUUUUGCUUAAAAAAAAAAGGUUUGCUUAAAAGUGGGCUUCUUUGUAUAUGUUUUGCUGUCUUUUGACCAUCCCAGUUUCCAGAUAAACUACCCUUAAAAAGUGCAUCAUUGGAUUUAUCGUGGUUUUUCAUGGAAAUUUUACAUGACACCCUGCCCCUGACAUAUACAUACGUAAAAGUACUUGUCUUAGGUAAAUGCGUAUGUUUACUUUAUCUUAAAGCCUGUGAUUACUUAGGAUCCACUUAGGAUUUGAAAGGCUUACUUGAAACUCAUACUGCAUUCAUUAUGAAUAUUUUAUCUUAACAUAAUUAGGAAGUACAAGGGCCAAGCUGGUUUUCAAACUAUGUCUAAACAGCAAUGGCACAAAGAGAAAUCAAAACACAAAGGAUUUAUACUCCUGCAUGUGUGGAAUCCCAUGGCAAGUCACACACACCUUGUUAACAUUCCUUCUGACUUCCAAAGACGACGAGCAUCACCAAUAAAAACAAAUUUUUAUCGA